AUGGACGAUAAUGGAUCUGCUCAUAGCUCAUUGUUCGGCGACUUAUCAACGGAAGAAGUCACAAGCAAGAUCAUUCUCACAGCAAUCGUUGUUCUGUUCAUGGCGGUUCUCUUCGUCCUUAUCCUCCACCUCUACGCCAAACUCUACUGGUGGCGAAUAGAUCAGCUCCAACAACAACAACAGCAGCAACAACAACAAGAACAAGAAGAGGAAAACCAAUCAUCAAUUGCUCCACCGGUAAUCACUCGCCGGCAACGGCGCCGUUUCAUCUUCGUCCCAGGGCAAGACGCUUCAUCCAACACUGGUCUCACCCCAUUUGAGCUCAGUUCUUUACCAAUUGUCUUCUUCAGACAAGACAGCUGCAAAGAUGGUUUGGAGUGUGCGAUUUGCUUGUCUGAUCUUGUCAAGGGAGACAAAUCAAGGCUGCUUCCAAAGUGUAGCCACAGCUUCCAUGUUGAGUGUAUUGACAUGUGGUUUCAGUCUCACUCAACUUGUCCCAUCUGCAGAAACACUGUUCUUGGUCUUGAGCAAGCUGAGAAAGUCCCGGACAAUGCAGAUAUUGGUAACACCAGUAUCAACAACCAUGAUGCUUCCUUGUCUCAAGUUUCAGGUUCUGUUUCCAAUCCCUCUCCGGAGUUUCCCACCAAUGUCUUGGUAUGGGGUCGUCAGGAUCAUGUUAGCACCGGAAACACCAAUGUUGGGUCUCAAGAAGAUGUUGCUGCUUCUCAGAGUCUAGAAGCUGUUGUGUUAGAUAUCAAUGAGUCUCUAAGUAGAAGUCAAAAUGUAUCAUCUUCUUCGUCUUCGUCGGUGAUGAGGUUUAUUGUUGAGGAGGAAGAGCCAAAAUCUCCAAUGACAACGAGGUUGAGAUCCCUAAGGAGGUUUCUGAGCAGAGACAAGAGAGUGGCUUGUAGCACUAGUAGUACUAGUAGCAGCUCCAACACUAAUGCUGCUGCUUCUGCUGAUCCUUGA